AGUUCCUAGACCAACUACCCGGCACGAAAAGGCUUUUGCAGAACAAUAGCAAUGAAGAACCGAACAGAGCAGCAGUGCAAUGAGAACAACAGGGAAGAACCCAUCUGUGUGCCAGAAACCUGUGCUUGUUGAUAAACAAUACACGUGGAUCUACACCAUGAACCCCUGUGUCACUCUGGGCUCUGCCAUGCACAUGGGACUCCAUGAACAUGCUCAAGAGAAGGAGGCAGAAUCCCUGCCAAGAAAAACAUUCCAGGGCCUGCACCAAAGGAUGGGGCUGGUCUGCAUCUUCUGCACAGAAGCUGUGGGGAGGGAACAGCAGCCUGUGGUGGUUGAUCCUGCCUCAGCCAUGAGCAGCAUCACUCUGGAUGUCCAGGAAAGACAUCCAGGAAAAAUCCUUGAGGCGCUUCUAAGAAAUUACGAGGUUAACAGGACCCAGAUUCCGGACUUGAACUGAAUGCAUCCUGAUGCUGGGUCCUGAUGACAUCACAUCCUCCCCAAAGAGCGACACAGCCUCCCAGAGAAGGGACAAGAUCAUCUCAGCUGUGCUGCAGGCACAGGCACCCCAGGAGAAGAUGGACACGUCUCCUGCCCUGCUCCUGCUGCUCACCCUGGGAUUCUGCUGCCCUGGGAUUUAUGGCCAGUCCCUUCAGAUAAAGGUCACGUCUCCCAGGGACAUCAGCCAGCUCCAGGUGGGACACAGGCUGGAGCUGGAGUGUCGCACUGACAAGCACAGUGGCGCAUCCUGGAUCCGCCGGGACAAGAGGGGAACCCUUCACUUCAUUGUCUUCAUCAGCUCCACCUCCAAGACCACAUUUGGGAAUCAGGAAACAUCCAGACGCUUUCAGGCGAGCAAACACAACACAAUCUAUUAUUUGGUAGUGCAAUCUUUCACACCACAGGACGAGGGGAGCUAUUUCUGUGUGAUGAACUUCAACCAAAUGCUGUACUUCAGCCCUGGCCAGCCUGCCUUCUUGCCAGCCACCACAGUGGCACCCACCACGUGUCAGCCCACUACCAAGGGCGCCACAACUGAGGAGCCCAACCUCAAGACUCCAGAGCCAGAGAGAAGAACGCAGGAAGAUCUGAAUUUCUUCUGUCACAUCUUCAUCUGGGUCCCCUUGGCAGGUGCCUGUGCCCUGCUCCUCGUCGCCCUGGUGAUCACCCUCGUGCUGUGCCGACAAACCAGAAGACGAAGAUGCAGGUGUAAGAGACCUGCAAAUGGGAAACCCCCCACAAAACCCAGGACACCAAACUAACACAGACCAGCAUCUGCUCCUUCUGCCCUCUGGAUCUUCUCCUGGGAGCUGCCAGCACAGAAACCCAUCUCCCACAUUAUCCACAUGUCACAGCACCUCACCCCCUCUGCCCGGGCAGGUUUGAUGGGACAGAGGCAGCACAGACACACAGACAAGCAGCGCUUCCCUGUGAGCUGCAGGGUAAAAACAGCUCCUUCCAAACCCU